AUGGGUAAAAAAAUACUGGUUCCUCAACAGUCGAACGGUAAUUACAAGUUUAUCGGUGGGGUUAUAUUUGCCAUUGUAACAAUCUAUUUCUUAUUUAAUGGAUAUGUUGAUUUAUUAAAUGAGUCUGGAGAAUACUCUUCUUAUUUUGGUGAAUCAUUCUAUGAUGAAGAUGUUGCAGAAUAUGAAUAUCCUGAUAGAGUUAAACAUCAUGUCUAUAAUGGCCCUAAAGAAAAAGCUUGUUUAGUAAUGAUGGUUCAAAACCCUGAUCUAUAUGAUGUUGUUAGAACAGUUAAGGUUAUGGAAGAUCGUUUUAAUUUGCAUUACAACUAUGAUUGGGUUUUCAUAAAUAACAAACCUUUAUCUGAUGAAUUUAAAUAUGUCUUAGGUGAAAUUGUUAGUGGUAAAGCUAAAUUUGCAACUGUUCCAGAAGGACAAUUCGCUGAACCUGAAUCCGUUGAUAAGGCCAAAGCUCUGAAAGUUAGGGAACAAAUGAUGGAAAUUAAUAUUCCAACCAGUGGGUUAGCUAACUAUAGAAACUUAUGGCGUUACAAGAGUGGGUUCUUAUAUAAUCAUCGUAUAUUCGACGAUUACGACUAUUUCUGGAUUACUGAAGUUGAUAUGAAGAUUGCUUGUGAUGUUAACUAUGAUGUUUUCAAGUUUAUGAGGGAGAACAACAAAAGAUUAGGUUUCGUUAAAUCUUACAAGACCUCUAUCUUCCCACAAACUGUUAAGACUAUUUGGAAGCAUACAAAGGAUUUUAUGAGCUUUGCACCAAACUUUGUAAGUGAAAAUAAUUUGUUAAAGUUUGUCUCUGAAGAUGGUAAUUCAUACAAUCAAUGUGGUAUUGAAACCGGUAAUAUGGUUGGUGCUUUUGAAUUUUUCAGAAGUAAAGAAUAUCAAGCUUAUUUCCAAUUUGUGGAUGAACACAACGGUUGGUAUUAUGAAAGAUGGACUGAUGAUGAUUUUGUUUCUAUUGCUGCGUCAAUGUUAUUAGAUAAAGAUGAAUUCCAUUUCUUCGACGACUUCGGUUAUAAUCAUCAGUUAGACGAACAUGCUUUUGAAUUCGUUUGUCCGCAAGAAAGAGGAAUAAGAUUAGAAAACAAAUGUUCAUGUAAUCCAUAUUUCAGUUUGACUUGGAAGAGUCAAUCAUGUGUUCCAAGAUUCUACGAAGUAUCGGGUAAAAAGAAACCAUCAGCAUGGGAUAGCUACUAA